UAUUAUGUUAUUUGAACCGUUUAUUGUUGGAAGAAUUUGAAUUUGGUUAUUAAUACUAGAAUUCCAUGCUCAUAGGCUGGGCCUAUCCUAACAGCCCACUACCAUCCAGGGUCACAACACAACGGCCUGAACUCUGGCCUGAACUGGCUUGAACAGAAAAACUAAACACCACGAAAUUUGGAAUCCUCCGGCCAUGAAUCCGGUGGCUUUUCUUCUUCUUCUUCUUCUUCUUCUUCUUCUUCUUCUUCACGGCCACAUUUCCCCGCCGCACCACCGCCGCGAAUUUCCCCAUGGACGACCAGUCUCUCUGCCCCAAGCAACCUCUCCCAUCCCCCUCUCGGAUUCCCCAUCUCAAUCUCCGCCGCAACUUCAAAUGUUUCACACACUACGCCCUCCAAACCAAUAAGCACCACGCACAACGGACUCACAAACCAGAGGACAAUGAAUCCCACGGCGAGGUCGAUGCCAUCAUCGGAAGUCGAGCUCGGUCCGACGCCGCCGGGAUGGAGUAUCUAAUCAAAUGGAAAGACGGGUAUUCCCCAACAUGGGUCGCCUCCAAUUUCAUUGCUAAACACAUUGUCGCAGACUACGAAGCCCCUUGGUGGACAGCUGCCAAGAAAGCCAACGAAUCCGCAUUAAAAUCCCUCAUAGACGCCGCCGACGGCCGCGAUUUCGAUUCCGUUGACGGAGAUGGCAGAACCGCUCUGCUCUUCGUCGCUGGGCUUGGGUCAGAGCCGUGCGUGAGAAUGUUAGCCGAGGCCGGCGUGAAUCUCGAUCACCGUGACUACUGCGGUGGGUUCACAGCGCUGCAUAUGGCGGCUGGGUAUGUGAAACCAGGGACGGUGGAGUUGUUGGUGGAUUUGGGGGCGGAUCCGGAGGUCGAAGAUAAUAAGGGUCGGACGCCGUUGGGUCUGGCAAAAGGGAUACUGAAAGCGACGCCGAAGGUUCAUUUCGUGAGGAGAGUGGGGCUGGAGAGAGUGAUCGGAGCGGUGGAGAAGGUGUGUUUUGAGUACGCGGAGGUGGAGAGAUUGCUGGGGAGAAGGGGGAUGGGAGAAGAUUUGGAGUAUUUGGUGAAAUGGAAGGACGGAGAGGAUAAUGAGUGGGUGAAUGUGGGGUUGAUUUCGGCGGAGUUGGUGGCGGAUUUUGAAGCUGCGUUGGAAUACGCGGUGGCGGAGGCGGUGGUUGAGAAGAGGCUUAGGGAAUGGGGACGAUGAGUAUCUCGGGCUAAUGUGGACCUUACGGAAUCUGAGAAGGCCCAGGCCCAGGCCCAAUUCAAUGAUGGUGGCCCUUG